AUGCACAGUGGAAAAAAGACCCAUCAAUGCCUGAAGCGUGGAAAGGCCAUGAUUUCCAGAGCAGAGUUCCUUAGACAACUCAGAACACAUAGAGGAAAGAAAACUCAUAGCUGCUCAGACGGUGGCAAGAGCUUCUCAAAGAAAUCAGACUUUAUUCAACACCGAAGAGUUCAUUCAGGAGAGAAACCCUUUAUCUGUUCAGAGCAAGGAAUGAUUUUCUUGAAUAGCAAAAAAGGUAAUAUAAAUUUUUCAAAACAUAGUAUAACGAAGGCAUGUAAAUGCUAUCGGUGUGGAAAAUACUUCAGAUAUAAAUCACAGCUCUUUGUACACCAAAGGAUCCACACAGGAGAGAAACCUUUUGAAGGCUCGGAGAAUGUGAAGAGAUUCAGUCAGAGUUUCCUUCUUAAACAGCAUCAAAGAAACCACACAGCAGAGAAGCCUUUUGAAUGCUCAGAGUGUGGGAAGAGGUUCAGUCACAGUGGCAAUCUUCAAAGUCAUCUAAGAAGCCACACAGGAGAGAAGCCUUUUGAAUGCUCAGAGUGUAGGAAGAGAUUCAGCCAAAAUCAUGCUCUUCAAAGUCAUCUACGAACCCACACGGGGGAGAAGCCUUUUGAAUGCUCAGAAUGUGGGAAGAGAUUCAGUUGGAGUGGCCAUCUUGAACAGCAUCAAAGAACCCACACAGGGGAGAAGCCUUUUGAAUGCCCAGAGUGUGGGAAGAGAUUCAGUUGGAGUGGCAGUCUUCAACUGCAUCAAAGAACCCACACAGGGGAGAAGCUUUUUGAAUGCCCAGAGUGUGGGAAGAGAUUCAGUCGGAGUGGCCGUCUUCAACUGCAUCAAAGAACCCACACAAGUCAUCUAAGGACCCACACAGGGGAGAAGCCUUUUGAAUGUUCAGAAUGUGGGAAGAGAUUCAGUCGGAGUGGCCAUCUUCAGCAGCAUCAAAUAACCCACACAGGGGAGAAGCCUUUUGAAUGUCCAGAGUGUGGGAAGAGAUUCAGUCGGAGUGGCAGUCUUCAACUGCAUCAAAGAACCCACACAGGGGAGAAGCCUUUCAAAUGCUCAGAGUGUGGGAGGAAAUUCAGUCACAAUAGCACUCUUCAACAGCAUCAAAGAACCCACACAGGGUGGAAACCUUUUGAAUGCUCAGGGUGUGGGAAGAGGUUCAGCCGCAGUGGCCAUCUCCAACAGCAUCAAAGAACCCACACAGGGGAGAAGCCUUUUGAAUGCUCAGAGUGUGGGAAAAGUUUCAGUCGUAGUAGCGAUCUUCAAAGUCAUCUAAAAACCCACACAGGGGACAAGCCUUUUGAAUGCUCAUGUGGGAAGAGAUACAGUCGUAGUGGCAAUCUUCAGAGUCAUCUACGAACCCACACAGGGGAGAAGCCUUUUGAAUGCUCACAGUGUGGGAAGAGAUUCAGUCAGAGUAGCCAUCUUCAACAGCAUCAAAAAACCCACACAGGGGAGAAGCCUUUUGAAUGCUCAAAGUGUGGGAAGCAAUUCAGUCGCAGUGGCCAUCUUCAAAGUCAUCUAGGGACCCACAUAGAGGAGAAGCCUUUUGAAUGCUCAGAGUGUGGGAAGAGUUUCAGUGAUAGUAGCAGUCUUAUAAAACAUCUAAGAACCCACACAGGGGAGAAGCCUUUUGAAUGCUCAGAGUGUGGGAAGAGAUUCAGUUACAGUAGCAGUCUUGAAAAACAUGUAAGAACCCACACAGGGGAGAAGCCUUUUGAAUGCUCACAGUGUGGGAAGAGAUUCAGUCACAGUGGCAAUCUUCAAAGUCAUCUAAGAACCCACACAGGGGAGAAGCCUUUUGAAUGCUCACAGUGUGGGAAGAGAUUCAGUCAGAGUAGCCAUCUUCAACAGCAUCAAAGAACCCACACAGGGGAGAAGCCUUUUGAAUGCCCAGAGUGUCAGAAGAGAUUCAGUCGGAGUGGUGGUCUUCAGAAACAUCUAAAAACCCACACAGGGGAGAAGUGUUAUGAAUGCUCGGAAAGAGGGAACAGAUUCAGUCAGAGUGGCCAUCUUCUGGAGCAUCAAGGAAUACACAAAGGUCAGAAAAAUUCCGAAUAG